AUCGCCUAUUAGGUAUUUAAUUUUUGCACAAAAAAUCCAUGAAACCAAAUGACCUCUCAAAAAACCUGAAACAAAUAUGUUAAAAACAUGACCAUAUUUUUUCAUUGUAACAAUGCUUAUUUGCAAAAAUGACUAAGCAACAUUUUUAUCACGCUCCUGAUUAUAUCAAAAGAGGAGAGGUGAGCGAUUUUUUAUACAUGCACACAAAACCUAGCAUAACAUUGACCUUCCAUGAAUGGUUCUGAUACAUUCGCGGUAGUGCGAUUGGUAGUCUACCAGCAAAUUAACUGUGCAUUUUGUUUAAACAUAUUCGCUUAAAUAUCGUUUACUAACGUUUUAUGAAAGUCAUCAUACGUAGUGUAUUUUAAAAUAAUGGUGCCGCUUUUAAUUCACUUGAGCGCUUGUUCGAAGUGAUCUUGUACGUAAGAUGACAACGCGUGAAUUAGUUUGUGUGUUUAUGGUUGUUUAGUGCGUAAUUUUUGUUUAAAAUAAUGACAAUGGUGUUUUUAAAGCCAAAUUUACCUGCUUUAAUUAUGGAGGGAGAUGAUGACUCGACAGGGUAUAGCCGUACAAGAACAAAUACUUGUCCCAAAAGCGCGGGGAGCCAGGGUAGUAGCAAUAGCGAUCAGGUUGAUAUGGCAUUUAUGAUGAUCGAUUAUCUCAAGGAUGCUAUGAAGGCAAUGGAUAUGAUGAGAAGCCACAAAAUGCUGACAGAUGUGACACUAGAAGUUGGAUCAGAACUCUAUCACGCACACCGGGUGGUUUUGGCGGCGGCCAGUCCGUACUUCAAGGCAAUGUUUACUGGAGGACUGAAAGAAUGCGAAAUGUCCAGAGUAAGACUUCAAGGCAUAUCUCCCACUGCCAUGCACAAACUGAUUAGUUUUAUGUAUACUGGUAAAAUACGCGUUACGGAAAAUACUGUUUGUCAACUGUUACCAGCUGCUACAAUGCUACAAGUGCCUAAUGUAAUUCAAGCGUGCUGUGAUUUCUUGGAACGUCAAUUAGAUCCUAGUAAUUCUAUAGGCAUUGCCCAUUUUGCCGAACAACAUGGGUGUAUAGAAUUAUCGAAAAAAGCUAAUCAGUAUAUUGAAAGACGGUUUAUUCAUAUCUGUCAAGAGGAAGAAUUUCUACAACUCAGUGCCCACCAGUUGAUACAGUUAAUAAGAAAAGAUGAAUUAAAUGUUCAAGACGAAAAGGAAGUUUACAACGCAGUAUUAAAGUGGGUAAAGUAUGACGAGGACAAUCGAAAUAGGAAAAUGGAAGACAUUUUAGCUGCUGUUCGGUGUCAAUUUUUACCUCCCAAAUUCCUUAAUGAUCAAAUACAAAAAUGUGAUGUUAUAAAGAAAACUCCUGCUUGUAAAGAAUAUUUGGCAAAAAUAUUCAAGGAUCUGACUUUACAUGUUAGGACAGCUGUCAAAGAAAGAACACCAAAUAUUCCUAGAGUGAUAUAUGUGGCUGGUGGUUAUUAUAAACAAUCUUUAGAUAUUAUGGAAGGAUUUAAUAUCGAUGACAAGACUUGGAUUAAGUUAGAUAGAUUAAUUGUACCUAGGUCAGGGUUAGGCUGUGCAUUUUUAAAGGGCCAUUUUUACGCAGUUGGAGGUAGAAAUAAUAGUCCAGGUAAUAGUUAUGAUUCCGAUUGGGUAGAUCGAUAUAAUCCUAUCCUGGACGAAUGGAUGCCUUGUCACCCAAUGUCCUGUCCUCGGAACAGAGUUGGAGUAGCUGUUAUGGAUGGUUUAUUAUAUGCUGUGGGUGGUGGAGAGUGUACAAAGUAUCAUAAUUCUGUUGAAUGCUACGAUCCAGAGAUGGAUAAAUGGAUUCUAGUCAAACCGAUGCAUUAUGCACGUUUAGCUGUAGGUGUAGCCGUUGUCAAUAGACUAUUGUAUGCCAUUGGAGGUUUCGAUGGUACAGUGCGACACUGUUCCGCUGAGUGUUAUCAUCCGGAAAAUGAUGAAUGGACAAUGAUACCUCCGAUGUAUACAGAAAGAAGUGGUGCAGGUGUAUGUGCGAUGGACAAAUACAUCUAUGUAAUAGGCGGCUACAAUGGAAAACAAUUGAAUACUGUGGAAAGAUAUGACACAGAAUCCCAAACUUGGGAAUUUUUAUCGAGUAUGAAAAUAGCUAGAAGUGCUCUCAGCGUGACUGUAUUGGAUGGAAGAAUCUAUGCUAUGGGUGGAUAUGACGGAGAACAGUUCUUACAAGAUGUGGAAAUAUAUGAUCCUGCAAUGGACACUUGGUCAGAAGGAACGCGUUUGACUUCUGGUCGAUCAGGUCAUGCCAGCGCAGUGUGCUACAAUUGUGGCAGUCAAGAUAGAGGUCUAAAUAUGGAAACUGAGCCAAGCAUAGCUCUAAGCCAAUCACAUGCCCAAUUACCGUCAACUUCUGGUUUUAGGUAGUAAAUUGAGUCCAUGGAAGAAACCAGCCAUUUUAAAAAAUUAUUAUUCAGUGGGGUUUAGUGGUCCGAUACUAGUUCAUAGAAAUCGUACUAAAAAAGGGGGUGUUGCCUUGCAUGAAAUGAGGUUUUUUUGAUAUGUUUUAUUUGAUGAAGUGGUUAUGACAAAUCCGAGGUUUUGACCUCGAAAGCCCUCCGGAUCACUGUUAAAUAUUACUAAAACCGUUAAAUUUUUACCCUUUUUUAACUUUCUGCCAAUUUUGACAACCAAGGACUAAUCUUACGGCAAAAGUAAAGUAAACUAAAUUUUUUAAAAAAAAAAAACAAGAUUAAUUUGGUUAGUUUUUAAGAUAUCACAAUUUAAAGUUUUGCAUAAUUUCAAAAAAGAAAAAAAUGCAUUUUUCGAUUCUACUUUUUCCUGGGCUCACAUAGAAAGAUAUUUUGGAAUAAACUUCACUUUACACUCUACACAAUGGUGUAGCCAAAUUUGAAAUCCGACGUCUUUGGUCAAAGUGUAAUUUUUUUUUCUUGAAAUUAUGGAAAACUUUAAAUUGCUGUAUCUUAGAAACUAUUUCACCUACAAAGACCAAAUUAGUCUCGUUUUUUUCUACAUUUUAUUAACUUUUGAAUUGUACAUAACGACUUUUGCCGUAACAUUAGUCCUUGGUGAUCAAAAUAUAGAAAAAGUGGAAAAAAGGGUAAAAUUUAGCGGUUUUAGUGAUAUGUAACAAUGAUCGGGAGGACUUCAUCAGAUACAACAUAUCAAAAAAUCAGAAAUACCUUAUUUCAUGCAAGGUAAAAUGUACUAAUUCCAUGGACUAUACUUAUGACUAUUAGAAAUCAUUUUACCUUUCUAUUUUGAAUGGCCACCAUAAAUAGUUAUUAUUGUAGAUUCUGUUAAGAAUUGGAAGAGACUUAGAAAAUUUUUCGGUUGCGCACAGACGAGAAUGGGAUCAACUUCUAUUUAUUUAUUUAUUAAUUUAUUGACGAAUGGAGCCCAAUUUAUAAUAAAUUGUUAUACUUAUAAUAAUAACAACAAGCUAGAAAAAGAGACCAACGAUAGUUCUCACCUAAAUGUUUUCCGUGGUGCAAAAAAACUACAGCUAUUAGUUUGUUGCACAAUCUAGAAGUAAGAUGAAUGAAUGACUGGUACGCGUAAUUCGUUCUGCUGAAUUGUAAAAAUGUUGUUGUGUGAGUAUUGUGGCGUGAGACAUGUUAUAAUUUUUAUCGUUUGUGAUAUAAUUUACAGUGUGUUAGAAUUUUAGUGGCAUGCAGACGUUAAUUAAAAUUGAUGAAAAAUUUUCUUGUCUCAACUAGGAUUUGAACCCAGAACCCUCGCAUAUCCAGUGGAGUGCUCUUCCAACUUAAUAUUAUUUUUGAUGUUCUUUAUAAAUCUGAUUUUUAAAAUGUGUUUGGUAUCUUAUUGAUUCCUGUAUUUCCUCCAUUGAUAUGCUACCUGUCUAGGCGAUAAUUUUUCCCAAUUUCAAUUUUGAAUUUGUGUUUUCGUUCAACAGCAUUCUUAGUUUUCCCCAUUGCUCUUAUUCCCAUGUUUAGAGUUGCAGAUCUUCGAGACUUUUGUAUUCCCUUUGUGUGGCUUAUUUGGUUUCUCCAUUUCUGUGCACUUACAUUGCUUUUAUUCUGGAUUCGAAACUUCAGUAUAUCUGUCAUUUAAAUUCAUCAUGUAUGGCACAGUAACAACUGGUUGCAUUCUUCUCACAUCGGGGAAAAAACGCCCUCUGCAGAUACACCUUAAUUUAGAGGAGGAACAAUCCCAGAAAGUGUCCUUUUCUCUGCUUCAGGCUGUUGCUUAUCACAAAAAAAAAAACAUUAUUGCAUAAAGAAUCACUCAACUCACAAUCAAAUAUAAUUUAUUCAGUUACACCUCUAUGGUGAUUGCAUAUCGCUAAGUAUGCGGAUGUAGGUAUCUGUGGUAAAAUCUCCUUUCUCCUUUUAUGCCUAUUAUCUCAUAAUAUAAUAUGAGUAGGGAUCACUUUCCUUCACUAGAAUUUUCCAGUUAGUUUAGGACCUUUAUCGUAAACUGGGCUUUUGCUUCAACUGAAUUUGAAACUUGCAAAAGGUUUUGAAUUUUGAAUAUUUCACGUUUUGCAACUUUGGAUUUCACCCUAAAGUUUGUACACCUUUCUUACCCAAAGUACAAUGUAAAUGGAAAAUUUGGUAGCUGUCCAUUGCGCUGAAAUUUGAUAUUUCCCAAGUCUCUUUGUAGACUUGAUGGCCAAUAAGUGUAUCACUUAUAAAUAGUUAUCGAAAAUUUACAUUUUCAUUGUAAAUAUGUAUUAUAUUAGCUAGGAAAACCAUUAUUGAAAAGAAAAACAUGUAGAUUAAGUCAAAAAAGGCUGUGAUAAAGAAAAUAUUUUUUUUUCUAAUUUUGAAUAUUGGUGUUGACAUAUUCUUUUAAGUAAUAUUUUUUGACUGACUUUAGUAGUACGGUAUUGUGGACCAUAAUGGUAUAAUUGUUGGUUAGUGCCAUGUAAUAGUAUAUUAUGUAACAAUGGACAAAAGUAAUUUAAUCCUUGACGUUUGUUCUCUCAAGGACAAUAAACCGUAACUCAUUCAUAAUUUUUUGCAUGUUUGGGAGAAUCUGUCUAAUCAUUUUCAAAAGAUUUUAUAUCAUUAUAUUCUACAUAUUUUGUUGUGUAUUUUUUCAUUUACUUUUCUAUUAGUUAUUCCACUUGUCUCCCAAAUAAGUGAAAUUCACGUAUUUUCCUCCUUGAAGCUACUAUAGACUCCCAAAUGUGCAAAAAAAGUUACCUAUGUUAAAUGGCUAGUAGAUUUUCUAAGCAAAUAUCAUGACUCUUGCUUAAUAGGUAUUUACGUGAAUAUAAAUAUAUAUAUAUAUAUAUUUCUUAAAACUCUACCUAGGGAAUCUUUUUAUGUAAUUGCCUUAUUGCAAAUAUUUUGUACACGAUGUAGGAUGGAUUAAUUAUUUGUAUAUGUAUUUUAUUUGUUUUGUAUAUAUGUACAGUAUUUUGUUAAUGAACAUUCCUCGAUUUUAA